UGGACCGAAACAUACACUGGCAGCGAGUCAGUCAGUCACUGGCCAAGAAUGAAGUGCUACUACGAAGUUCUUGGUGUCGAAAGAGAUGCAUCUGCUCAGGAUAUCAAGAAGUCAUAUAGAAAACUAGCCUUACAGUGGCAUCCAGACAAGAAUCCAGAAGAUGUGGAGGAGUGUAAUAUACAGUUUAACUUGAUUCAACAAGCCUAUGAAACGUUAUAUGACCCUCAGGAAAGAGCAUGGUAUGAUCGGCACAGGGAGGCCAUCUUGAAAGGAGGUUUAGCAAAUUACAAGGAUGAAAGUCUCGAUUUGUCACAAUACUUCACUUCCUCUUGCUUCCGUGGUUAUGGAGAUGAUGAACAGGGCUUCUAUGCAAUCUAUCGGACGGUGUUUGAGACGCUUGCGGCAGAGGAUGAGCCAUUUCUCAAGGGCGAAAAAGAAGGAACAACUCUUCCUGGUUUUGGCUUCUCACACAGUUCAUAUGAUGACGUCGUCCACGUGUUCUACGCGUACUGGCAAAGUUACUUCACGGCGAAGACCUACGUCUGGCUGGAGAAGUACGACAUACGGGAAGCCCCCAACCGCCGCAUCCUCCGUCUCAUGGAGAAAGACAACAAGAAGCUGCGAGACAGUGCGAAGAAGGAACGCAACGAAGCAGUCCGGGCACUAGUGACAUAUGUACGAAAGAGGGACAAGCGAGUGCAAGCCUACAGAAAAAUGCUGGAGGAGAAGGCUGCGGCGCACAAGAAGAGUGUGGAGGAGAGACGUGUGAAGGAGCGGCGAGAGCGCCUCGCGCAGAUGCAGGACUUUGAGGAAGCGGACUGGUCGUCGAUGGCCGCCGUUGAGACAAGUCUCCGGGAGAUCGAGGCCGAACUGAACAGAGAGUUUGGCGGCGGGCUGUCCGAGAGCGAUGACGCAGGUCAGGAGGAUGAUGAAGAAGGUCUUGAUGAGGAAGACGAGGAGGAGGAAGAGGAAGAAGAUGACAAUAGUCUCUUUUGUGUAGCCUGCAACAAAGCAUUUCAAAGCGAUAAGGCGUUUGCCAACCAUGAGAAAUCAAAGAAGCACAGAGAGAAGGUUGCGCGACUUAAAGCCGAAAUGGAAGCAGAAGAUGAAGAACUCGCCGAAACACAGGCAGAGGGACAAAACAUAGAUGAUGUAGAAACACAGAUGGAAGAUCUAGACAAGGAUGAUGAACUUCAAAAUCUGGAUGAGGAUGAAGAAUUGGAAGAUGACGACAUAGAGGAUGAUGAAAAUAGCAUAGAAAUUUUGCAAAAGAAACGUGCGAAAAAGAAGCAGAAAAAUGUAAAUGUCGUCCUCGACCCAGACGAUUUAGUGGAGGAUGAAGAGGUGGCCAGAGCAUUUGGAAAUGACAUGCAAAUUAUUGAGGAUGAUACCCAGAAAAAGAGGCGUAGUAAAAAACAGAAAAAGAAAUCCAGACAGAGGCAGAAACAGAUGGAAGAGAGUGAGAAGCUAGUGGAAUGUGAUUCGGAAAACGUUGAAAAGGAAGGACACCAAAUCGACGUGGCAACAAAUGCAGUGGGAGGCAACGGAGAAGGCAAUCGGGAAGCAACUGCAACACAAGUAUUGGUUACAGAUAAGGAUGUGACAUCCAGUGCAUUUGGAGAAAGGAACAAUGGAACGGAAAGCAGUCAGAAAUCUGAUCGGGCCAAACACAAAAUAGCAGAGCCAUCUCCAAAUUCAGAAAUGGAAGACAAGGACCGAUGGUGCUACGUCUGUAAAAACAACUUCUCCACCCGCAACAAACUCUUUGCCCAUAUAAAAGAAUCCGGGCACGCACAAUUGAAAGAUGCCAGUAGACAGACCAAAAAGUCUAAGAAGAAAGGAAAACGGUGAUUGAGAGUGAAUGCUUGACUGAUGCCUAGCACUUUUUAGAAAUUUAUUUCUAUAAAUUAUGUACAAUGUUAAAUUGAACUGGGUAUUAUUUUAAAUAAAGCCACAUUCUACACACACACGUCCCACUUUUUGCCUAUGUGUCUCGUUUUCUGCACAACAACAGCAACAGUAACCUCCGCGUUAAGGAUUACGUUUUGCUUCGUAGAAGAGAGUAGUCGCCUACGUAUUACUGAUGUUCAUGUAACCAGCAUAUAGUGGCGCCCUCUAUUGUUCUGUAAUCAUUCUUCAACUACAACUGUUCUAGUUAAAAGCUUCAUCAGACAAUCUUUUGCUGAAGACAUGCUUUCAAUUACUAGCACGUCUGUACGAGGGACUAUCAAACUCGCUCCUGCGAUGAAAAAUAUAGAAAAACAAACUUUUUUGCCAUUUCGCUACUUAAAAAUUCAUAUUUGAACAAAUACUGAAAGGCAUAUGAAUGUUGACAGGUCCACAGCUUGCACUAGACUGGGUAGAUUCCAUCUAGGUUGGUGUCAUGCAAUUUAUGCCAAUUCAUAGUGGACCAGUACAUAUAAAAUAAAUGACAAUUGAGGUUUUUAUCCCAAACUUUAUUUAACACAAAAGCUAUAAAUAUAGGUACAUUCUUCAGUUCUUCCACAUCAUUUUACUUUUAAAAACUAGUAUAAAAAUGGUUGCCCACACAGCGCAUCUAGAGUAGAGGAAUGAGGGAUAUACACAGCUUAGUUACUUAAAUUGAUUACAAGCUGGCAUGUUUCACGGUGCAUGCUGAACAUAACUAGAAUCGAGAUGUCAACAUUCUUUAAACCAUAGAUAUAUACAACACAUAUAUGUGUUGUAUAUAUCUAUGUUUAAACCGACAGCUAGUCACUUCUGCUAUUUGCUCGAAUAUAACGAACCCACCAGAGUGCAAGUCGCAUACAGAAACAAGUUGAUAUUAACACCCUCGGAACCAUUAAAAUUUUUCCUAGCUGUCUCACAAUUAGCUCUAGAACUAUAGCCCUUCCCUCUGCCACAGGCACCUGUGGCAGAGUGAAUGGCUAUAGUUCUAAGGCUAUCUCACAAUACCUUCUCUGCAGUUUUUUAUGUGAUUGCCACCUACCAGAAAUGUACACAAAGUAUCAUAUCUCUGCUUAAUAUAACAAAGCCAUCGCAUACUGCGUUCGCCUAACAAGAAAUUACAAACUGCCGUUUGGCAGAGGUUGGGUGAUGGACGGGAGAGGUAACACUGCGUUUGAGAUCUUUCCAAAUAAAUGCACGAUUGUUAAAAAAGUCAGUGGGAGCAACAUGGAGAUGGGCAAGAAGCUAUAUGGAGAACAUGACAUUUUCCUGGUGUUUGGGGUACCUGUGAAAUACCCUCUGUCCUAUGAUAAUAAUGAAGUCUUGGCAGUUUGUAGCAAGGAGGGGGGGGGCACAUUGAAGCAAUCAAUGCACACCUAGGUAACAUGGGCAUUUUAUGGCUGGCACAUUUGUAACAUAUACAUGAAA